ACGUUGCAGUGGAUUCUUCUAUAAAAGUGGAUGUCAUCUGAUUUUUGCUUAGUAGAUUGAAGCAGCUCUCCGGUGUACGGUUGGAAUAGGUUCUAGUGCAAAUUAAAGUUAUCAGAAAUGAAUCGGAUAGUUGUGUUCGUUGCUCUGUUGGCCGCUGUCCUAGCAGCUCCUGCGGACGAUUCGGCAAAUGCUCAAAUUUUGAAGUACGACAGUGAAAAUAUCGGUAUCGAUGGAUAUAGGUUCGAAUUCGAAACCAGUGAUGGCACAGCUCGACAGGAGCAGGCCGAGCUGCGAAACGCCGGAACUGAUCAGGAGGCAUUAGUGGUGCGUGGAUCGUAUUCCUACAUAGGCCCGGACGGAACGCAGUACGUGAUCAACUAUGUGGCAGACGAAAACGGAUUCCAACCGGAGGGAGCUCACAUCCCAAAGUAGAUCUCCUAGCGGACACAUAGAAUAAGUAUACUAGCAAUAUCGAUUAGAGAUGGACACCAAAAAUUUAGCAUCCCAACUGAACACGAAAUAGCACUUUAAAUAAAAAUCAUUAA